UUUCGCAAUAACAAAGAUAAGAUAGACGAGUUCCCUCAUUUCUCCAAGCAGGUGAACAAUCAAUUGCAGUUCUCAGUCAGCAGCCAGACGCCAAGAUGAAGGCAGCGUUUCUCAUUUUAUGCUUCUUCUGCCUCUCCAUUUCUGGACAUCCAGUGGAAGAGCCGAGUAUCCCACUUCUUAACGUUCACGUGACGGGCAAUCUCACGUUAGACAAUGGAUUAGAUUACGGCUCCUGGGGGAGCGAUGCCUUCUGCAGGAGCGGCAGCUAUGUGCGCGACAUCGAGGCUUUGUUCCAGGAGUACAACAUCCUUCACACAGACGAAACGGCUAUCAACGCCAUCAAGUUGUCCUGCAUGGUUCCUGGGGGACACCACACGGGUGAGAUCACUUCGACCGUCGGGGAAAGAGGAGACUGGAUAGGGCUACGAUCCUGCCAAAAGGGUCUCAUGACAGGGAUGCGAGCUCGAGUUCUGGAAUACCAAGGCACCCUGGGUGACGACGUGGCUGUGCAGAAUGUGGAGAUGGAGUGUAACUACAACGAGUCAAGCGUUCUGGCCGUUGACGAGGACUCAAAUAUCCAACAAGGUCAAUGGAGUGAAUGGGGUCAAUGUGAUGAAGGUUCUGCAGUUUGUGGAAUAAAGAUUCGAUAUGAAGAGCCUUUCCUCAUUGAAGAUACAGUAGGAGUAAGUGACAUUAUUAUGUACUGCUGCAGUGUUGAUGCACAGCCUACGACUGCACCUACUCCCACAAAGACAAGUUCUUGGCCUGAACCAUCCACAACUGCUUGGCCUGAACCAACCACAACUGCUUGGCCUGAACCAACCACAACUGCCUGGCCUGAACCAACCACAACUGCUUGGCCUGAACCAACCACAACUGCCUGGCCUGAACCAACCACAACUGCUUGGCCUGAACCAACCACAACUGCCUGGCCUGAACCAACCACAACUGCCUGGCAUGAACCAACCACAACUGCUGCGCCUGAACCAACCACAACUGCUUGGUCUGAACCACAAAAAUCAAACAAAAUUCCAAGAGCCUAGAGCUUCAACAACCCAGUUGUUCAGCCCAGCAAAGUAGGCUACAGCUUGGAUAACUUGAAGACCUAGACCAAUACCCACUAGUAGACAUAAAGAUUAAAGAGUUGGGUUAAAUAAAAAUUUAAUUUAAUGAACUAAAAUCUUGCACAACUUGGUUACCAUACCACAGGCAAUUUUUUCCCGCGUUAACUUCAGAGCUCAACACAACUGAGGAAGAGAAACUGAACAACUGAUGAAUGCAACAUUCCAGCAACCUACAAUCUGUAUAACAAAAAAUAAAAUUUAAUAAAAGUGACAGCAUUUACAACAGAAA